AUGGCGAUUCGGGCAAAGAUGGCAAGAGGGACGGGUGUGAAGAGGACGGUGCGGAAAAAAAAGGAAGAACCCGUGUACUACCAACCACAGAAGCCGUUCUUACAUCUCUGCCGCGGAUAUGUGUACGCACCCGAGACCGUGUCAUUUGACUUUUACGUCGCCGUUCCCUUGCAGCAACUGCAGAAUCGUGUCUCCAUUUAUGACAUUGUUCUACGGAGUGUUUUGUACCGUCCUCAACCCGUUCAGGCUGGGGAGACGGAUUCGCCAUCAGCAAGUACAGCAGCCGCUCGAUCGUCCAGUGGACAUGCCGGUGAUAAAACUCCCCGCCUUAUUGUUCAUGUGGAAUCGCUAACAAUUCACCCCGAGUCCGUGCAGGAGUUUAGUUAUAAAGGGGGUGUGCGCCUGCGCUCUACGGUGGUGGGAACACUUGCAAAUGUUCACUACGGAAUGCUCGUCGGCGUAGUGGAGGAGGUAAAAUAUAUGGACACGAGGGUCGUGCAGGUUUCUUGUGAGCGCCCGCCGUGGGUUUCCACUCCCGGAGGAAACCCCCCGCGGGCAACUCGUCACGCACAAUUGACGGCGCGUUGCUUCAGGGAGGAUUCAAUUGCUGUUGGGAGUAAAGUAGUUCUUGCAAUUGAACCCGGAACGGUGCAAUGCAUGGCGGCGCGCCAACCUGUCCCGUUUAGUGGUGUAUUUAAGCUCUGCGUAGCAGGUGAUGAGGUGGAUAUUGUGGAGGAGGAAUCUUCCUUAUGGGGUGGUUGA